AAGAAGAACCAAAAUCUUAGAUAGAUCAUAAUCCAUAGAAAUGGGUGCAGAGGUUUCUAGCAUGCAACAGAAAAUGACUAACAGCAAUACAACUAGAGUAACUUCUAGAUCCAUUGGUGGUUCGGUUUACCCUAUCUCCGGUCAAGUGAUCAGUAAUGUAACCGCCGGAAAGGUGCUUACAUUUCACUCUCCAGCCAAAUGGAGGGCACAUUUUGAAGCUUCUAAGGCAAAUGAUAAGCUGAUGGUGAUCAAUUUCACGGCUGUAUGGUGUGUGCCUUGUCGCAACAUAGAGCCCGCAAUAUCUGAGUUUGCCAACAGGUAUCAAGAUGUUGAGUUCAUCAAGAUUGAUGCGGACGAACUGAUGGGUGUUGCAAUGGAAUUUGGGGUGCACAUAAUGCCAACAUUCAUAUUAAUGAAGAAAGGAAAAACAGUGGAUGUGAUCACAGGAGCCAAGAAGGAGGAACUGCAGAAGAAAAUCGAGAAGAACCGAGGCCAUUCCUAUCGCGUUUUAGCCUAAAUAUUGUUUCAUUGUCUUCUUCUAACUGGCCAUACAACCGCUGUUAGCUGAAAUUCACAGUUUUUUUAUGGAACUAUUAUUGCAAAAUAAAUGUACACUCUAUACCAAGUGUAUAACUAUGAUUUGAAUAACAAAUACAACAUUUGACAUU